CGACCAUCGCUGCACGUCCCUUUUCUACCCGAACAGUCCACUCCACCGCUCCACCAUCAUGUCCAACGGCGAGGGUAGUCAGAGCGGGCAAGCAGCAGCGCUCGCAGCUGCGCCGCCGGUGCCCGCGGUUCAAGGCCCUCCGGAGUCAGUACUGUCUGAGGUACCAAGAGGCAAAGACACGCGGAAGCACCCAAUUCAGUAUAGCCACUUCUAUCCCCCUCCGCCUAUGAGCACAAAAUAUGUCACCUCAUCGUACAUCAAAACAGACCAGCAGACAAUCGCGGGCAGGGAAGCAGCCAAUGGAGCCAGAGUGACAUGGGCGGCGAGGAAGAGGAAAGCUGGCUCAGUAGAAGACGGUGAUAGUGAUGAAGAAGGCGCCGAGUCCGACAAGAGCCUCGCAGCCCGUACCAUUAUCAUUCACCCUGGUUCUACGCACAUAAGAGUCGGGCUUGCAACGGACGUGGGUCCUGUGCAGUGGCCCAAUGUAUUGGCUCGGCGUACUGAGAAGGUAGGAUCGCCUUCGAAGUCACCCAAGGCCUCAUCACCAGAUGGCCCGCAGAACGGCACGAGCGGAGUGGUGCAGCAGGGCGAAGAUGAAGAGAUGGAGGGAACUGUUGAAGGCGAGGCCAAGAAAGCUGAUCCACUGGAAGCCCGGAUUGGUCUCCUUCGGGCCGACUUGCGCUCGAUAAUGCGCAAUAUGAAGCUACGAGGCGUCUCGAAUGGCAAAGGGCUGGCAGCAAGCUACAAUGCUCAGGUGCAGCCAGAGAAAGUGCCCUCACACAACGACUUCGGUGAUGAGUGGACACCUGAGAAGCCAACGACGUCCCGUGAUGUGGAGCUGGGAGAAAGAGCGCUUCGUAUACCCUCUCUUUCUCCAUCUCCGGGCAAGGAGGCGGAAGUACAAGCAAAGCAGGCUGGGAGACCUUGGAAGCUUUACCGUCCUUUCCGAGCUGGUAAACUCAACUAUGCGUCAUACAUCGACGACUUCGGCUCAGCAGCCGAACGUGUGCUGCUGAACGAUACGCAAGCGAUCUUUGAAGGCAUCAUCUCUUCGCCUCGGGAGGACUUGUCCGCGCCUGGCAAGUCGGUCGAGGGCAUGGGGCAGACCCUGUACGGACUCGGCAUCCCUCGCAAGCAGUACUCUGCUCACUCUGUGAUCCUCCUGGUGCCAGAUCUAUUUCCGAAAUACGACUUGAGAGCGCUCACCCAGCUCCUUCUAGUCGACAUGGGCUUCUCUCAGAUAAUUGUACAGCAAGAGAGCACAGCUGCUACCUAUGGCGCUGGCAUGAGCUCGGCAUGUGUCAUUCAUGCCGGAGGCGAGCGCAUUAGCAUUUCGUGCGUCGACGAAGGCCUGCUACUGCAGGAGACAAGGAUGCAUCUGGACUAUGGAGGUGAAGACGUUACUCACUUCCUUCAUCAGCUUCUCACCAGAGCCAACUUUGGCUACAAAGAUUGCUCGCCCGCUCUUCGAGUUGCCGAUACGCUCGUGUUGGAAGACCUGAAGAAGCAAAUAAUCACACUGGAUGCUUCUCAGAUCGGUCUCUUCAUCUUCAACUUCUACCUUCGACUGCCCUCAGUCGCAACGAAGAAGUGGGAAGUGAGAGUAUACGACGAGGCAAUUCUGGCGCCGAUGUCCUUCUUCGGUCUGGGAGUGAGAGUCCUCGACUUUGCCAAGAAGGACGACGAGCGCAAGGCGGAGGCCGAGUGGGGUCAGAAAGAUGACGAGGACCUGGAUGAUGGCUCGGAGAGAAGGUACGCGAUCACAUCGGCUAUGAACAGCUCGGUGCGCCAUUUGAUACCUCAGGCAGCUCCCACACCGGCUCCAACAGCCCCAACGGCAACAAACGGUGGUGAGGAGGCAGUCGAUGGCGCCACGCCCAGCCGUGAGACGAAUGGGUCUGCCCCUCCCGCCGGAGCGAGUAGCAUGACUCUCACUGCAUCCAACGAUGGCCAGCAGAAGGCACCUACGCCAGCGAGGUCUACCCCUGUCCCCCCGCCAUUGAGUUUCUUCGAUAUUCGCAAGGCCUCAUCCCAGCUGCCCCUCGAUGUCGCACUGUAUCACUCUCUUCUAGCCUCCACAAACGCUGGUGGAACAUUGGCCACCGGGGAGGAGAGGAUGAAGAAGCUCGCCUCCAAUGUCCUCGUUGUCGGCGGGAGUGCCAGGAUACCAGGAUUGGACAGUGUGAUUGAGGCACGUCUCAUCCCCCACCUGGAAGCCCACGCCGCGUCCAAAGCAGAAGCUACUUCCGCCGCGAUGGCAGCGAAUGCUACAGCCAUCGGAGGGGCCACUGCACCUGCUCCUAGUGCGCCAGCCUCCUCAACAGUAAUCUCCCCCUCUGUCAUUCCACCACCGCGAGACUUGGAUCCGACGCUGCUAGCAUGGAAGGGUAUGGCCGUCUUGCCAAGGCUGGAAUCUGCCAACGAUAUGUGGGUGACGAGGAAUGAAUGGGACGCUCUUGGGUGGAAGGGGGUCAGAGACAAAGCAUUGUACCUCUGA